AUGCGUAUUUCAACAAGGACCCCAAUCACCCGCUUUGUUGCGCGCUUUGGGUUCUACCAGAAGCGAGGGAAGCUCGUCAGGAAAAUGCGGGAAGAAGCAGCCAACCUUCACGAUGGAACUAAGCUUUGUCGCGAGGCCCUGCAAGGACUCCCGAGGCUGGACCGUGCUAUCCUCGAACUGCACCGGACCCCCCUUCCUACCCGCGCUAGGCGGAUGUCUUGUGCAGAGCUCCACAUUAGUAAAAUUGCCCAGGUCCUCGAGGGAGUUUUCAUGAUACUGGUACGAGACCGUCCAAAUCUGGCAGUGGACGCCCUUGUUGUCAUCAGCCGGCAUGUUGGACGAUUGCGCCUUCUGGAUAUCGAUGACGCCUAUGCAACGGGCCAGGAGCGCGAGAUCAGGACGUUCGAGAGGAGAAAUGCAGAGGCUUGGAGUUUGCUGAAUCCAGACGAGAGGACUCUGGCGGCCAUGUCAACUUACCUGUCUCGCUGUCUCGAUCGCCGCUGUGGCCAACCGUUCUGUCAUGGGAGACGUGGGCGGGGUUGA